AUGUCGGACGACCUCGAUUACUUGUCUCCGGACUUCGACCUUAACUCCCUGACUGUGCCCCGUCUUCGCUCUAUCCUCGUCAGCCACGACGUGCCAUAUCCAGCAUCAGCCAAAAAGGCCCAGCUCAUCCGUAUCCUCGAGGAUGAGGUCCUGCCUCAAGCGAGAAAACUCCUCCGGGAGCGCGAGCGAGUGAGACGAACCAGCGAAGGAAUCACAAAUAUGCCUAGUCGCGAAUCAUCGGUUGUCAGCGAACACGAAUUUGAGCGAGAUCGCGUCGCACCAACACCAUCGUCAGUGUCUACUGCUGGGCGAAGAGGCCGUUCUAGAGUCAGUGCACGCGCAUCGACAGCCGACACCGAGGAGGCUAGUGUUACCGCCACUCCAUCGUCUAGAAGAACUACUACCCGGUCACGGCGGUCACAGAAAUCUGAGCCGGAGCCGGCGGACGAACACCUGGCGACCCCUGUGCCUUCUACUGCUGUUACACCGCGUCCAUCUACUGCAAGUAAAGCUCGUCGAAGUGACUUGACGCCCACGCAGACGGAGAUUCCACCUUCAGCGAUCAAGACAGAGCCUAAGCGCGAAAGCGUAUUUACGGACGACAACCCUUUCCAGAGCGGCUCCCCUGCGUCAUGGGAGGGUAGGAGGUCAGGAGGAAUAAGCUCGGAAAGGAAGAGGCAAAGCAGCGCGCGGUUUUCUUUGGUGAAGUCUCCCUCCAAGGAAACGAGGCCGCGUAAAUCAGAAACCCCAGUCUCUGUAAAGCAUGAGGAUUUGGAUGAAGCGAACCAGUCACUUGCAGCCUAUGAACCACACGACAUUGAUAGCGACAUCGGCGAAGAAUUUACCCCAGACGAACAACUGGCGCUGGAACGAGAACAGGCAGAUUUGAUGUAUCCUCCAAGGCCACCUCGCAAACGCCAACAGAAGCCGGGACCAGUGGCUCGGGCCGUUCCUUGGCUGAUCAUCCUUUCACUUUUUACAAGCUUCGGUGCUUGGUGGCGCAAAGAGAAGAUGGAGAUUGGAUUCUGCGGCAUCGGCAAACCAACUUGGUCGUUGGCGGAGACUAAAGUCCCGGAAUGGGCCAACGUUCUGGAACCGCAAUGCGAGCCGUGUCCAUCCCAUGCAUUCUGUUACCCAGACUUUGAGGUCCGAUGCGAGCACGACUUCAUUCUCACCCCCCAUCCGCUGUCGCUCGGGGGUCUGAUUCCUCUUGCGCCGACCUGUGAACCUGACAGUGAGAAGGCACGCCGUGUGAAGGCUGUCGCAGACAAGGCUGUGGAGGCUCUCCGUGAUCGAAGGGCAAAAUGGGAAUGUGGACAGCUCUCUGAGGGCAGCAAAGAAACCGCAGGGCCGGAUGUUACUGAAAGCGAUCUCAAAGAAGAGGUUGGGAAGAAACGCCGGAAAGGGAUGACCGAUGCGGAGUUCGACGACUUGUGGAAAGGAGCGCUCGGCGAUAUUAUUGCGAAAGAGGAGGUUGUGGCCAAAACUAUCCCAUCAUCGUCUGUCCUUACCCUCACAUCCACAUCCGUCGCCCGCCUCCCCCUCUCCUGUGCCGCCCGCCGCUACGUCAGGCUCUCUCUCCUCGCGUAUCGACUACCUCUUUCAGUUUUAGUUUCCUGCAUCGCUGCGGCGGCGUAUGCGCGCUCUCGUGUGCUUGCCCGCCGUUCGGACCUCGCUCGUGUCCCCGAGUUGGUCGCCACAACACUGGACCGCCUAGCAACACAGGCAGCUUUGCAUGCGCGAGGUCAUGCCCAUGAACCCCAUAUUCCAAUUGGACAACUCCGUGAUGAUGUGCUCCGAUCGGAAUUGCGAGGCAACCGACGCGAGGAAAUUUGGAAGCGUGUACGCAACGUCGUUGAGGGCAAUGCCAAUGUCCGGGCCUCUGUCCGUGAGGGCCGUGGUGGAGAUGUCGCCCGCACAUGGGAAUGGAUUGGAGGUAUUGGGGGCGUUGGAAAGCAGAUCGAGGGAAGCGCAGAAAGGGUGCACUUCUCACCUGUAACGAGCUCAGAAACCCGCUCUCCAAGUGGUUUGGAUACACCGCCCGUCGGAAGCCAGGAGAAAGCUGUGCGCAAAUGGGACGAGGGUAGGCCUAUAUACUGA